AUGGCCUACUUCAAAUAUUUAGUGUUAAUCUUUGCGUGCGCCGCUUACGUAUAUGGAGGGCCAGUAGUACAAAAGUGCAAGGCCGGUGAUGGAAAAUGCGCCAAAGAGUCAGCACAGGCUGUGUUGAAAUUCUUCGCGGAAGGUUUUGCGGAGUACGGCAUGGAAGCCCUAGACCCAGUUGUUAUAAAGAAAACUGAUGCCAGUUCUCAGAGUCUUAAACUGAUCAUCACUGACUACACUGUGACUGGUUUGAAGGAGUGCACUAUUAAAAAAGCAAAAUUCGACAAACCCAACUCGAAGAUUCUAGUUAAGCUGCUAUGCUCCCCAAAACUCGAAGGCGACUACGAAAUGGACGGGAAGUUGUUAAUUCUUCCACUGGAGGGCAAAGGACCAAUCCAUGUACAAUUAAGAGAUCUCGAAGUCAGCGUGGAAAUGAACUUGGAGGAAAUUGAAAAGGACGGAUUGAAGUACUGGAACAUAAAGAACUCCAGACACAGCUACGAGCUAAAGGACAAAGCAGAUGUGGUCUUCGAUAACCUAUUUGGUGGAAAUGAAGUACUUGGAAAAGCUGCCAGGGACGUCAUUAAGGAAAGCGGGAAUGAGAUCGUCCGCGAAGUAGGCUCACCAGCAAUUUCGGACAUCUUGGACGUCGUCAUUGAGAAUAUAAACCAGUUCUUCCACCACGUUCCUAUCAGCGAACUGACAUUCGAUUGA